CUAUAUAAACCAACCAAAAGCAGAACUUUCCAUGCGAACCAUAGAACCAACUACGCAAGCAGAAAACAUGCUUAAAACAAUCCUACUAUCGUUCUUUCUCCUUGUCAUCACCUGCAAUGCUGCUGUGCAGGACUUCUGCGUGGGAGACCUCAAGGCUCCAGAAGGGCCGGCAGGUUACUCUUGCAAGAGCCCUGCUGAUGUAACAGUAGCUGAUUUUGUUUUCACAGGUUUUCGUGCUGCUGGGAACACCACCAACAUCAUCAAUGCUGCUGUUUCACCGGCAUUUGCAGCACAGUUUCCAGGCCUAAAUGGGCUAGGCCUCUCUAUCGCACGGUUGGAUUUAGCCCCUGGUGGCGUAGUGCCAAUGCACACUCAUCCCGGGGCCUCAGAGCUUCUGCUGGUGGUUCAGGGUUCCAUCGUCACAGGCUUCAUCUCGUCUGCUAACAAUGUUUACGUGAAGAAGCUUGUGAAGGGAGACAUAAUGGUUUUCCCACAAGGGUUGCUGCAUUUUCAGAUCAACGCUGGCGGGAGAACUGCUGUGGCUUUCGCAAGCUUCAGCAGCCAGAAUCCUGGGCUUCAGAUUACUGAUUUCGCACUAUUUGGAAACACGUUGCCUUCUUCCUUGGUGGAGAAGACCACAUUCCUUGAUGAUGCACAAGUGAAGAAACUUAAGGCUGUUCUUGGGGGCAGUGGCUAAGCCCUGCAAACAAUCAGACUAUUGUAUCAUUAAUUUUCUGUUUGGUUUGGUUUAGUUUGUUGUUUGGAACAAGAAUUUUUCUUACUGAUGUAAUGUAAUUUCCUAGAAUUCUGUCUUCCAGUUGGUUGCUUGAGAUUCAAUGCUGCAAAUUCCAAUAUUUGAGUA